UAAUUUCAUGCACAAUGCACAAGGCAGGCUACAGUCUGAGCAGCAACAAUGACCCAUCCAGACUUCUCCGCUAAAGCUCUAACAGAACUGCUAUCAUCAGAUGGUGGUGCGUUUGCUGUUGUCUGCUUUUUUGUUAUCUUCCAGUACAUUUUCAAACAGGAUUUUUUUUGCCCAUGUGACCCUGAUGAAAACAUCUGGUUCUGCAUAGCUUACAUUCUUCUACCCUUCACCAUUUUCACGUUAAUCAUAAUUGUGGUGGACAAAAUCUUUUUGGAGAUUUGUACUGCCCAAAAUUGUACUUAUUCCUGGGUGAUUGUGAAGCGAAUUCUGAGAGCUCUGACUGUGGGAACACUGUGGAUCGUGACAGCACUGAUGGAUGGAGACUGGUGGGUGUGCUAUGUAACAACAUCACGGAACAUAACAGCCAGGGAUGAGCAACCACUUUGUAAAGAUAAACCUACAAGUGAACAAUCUGCAGCUAUAAGACACUGGAAAAGUAUAUCACGUGUCACUGGAAUGGCUCUCCUGUGUGUGAUAUUACUUAUCUGGGCAGUAUUCACUAUAAUGUGUAAAGGACGCAAGCCUUAUAAUAAGGCGCUCUAUAAGGAACUUCUCUUUGAUGAGACUGAUCAUCUUUUGAAAAAGAAACUUAAACACCUGGUCCAAGAGGCGGCAAAAGAGCCUGUUAAAGACAAAUGGAGCCAAAUGUUAGACGACAUGGGCCUGCAGGAUUCAACCCCUACUGCGUGUCCUGACCAGCGAGGGAUGCAGGAUGAUGUAAUCUUACCGCUAUAGGCAGAUAACAGCAUCUGCAUCAGAAAGAUGAUCUGAUUCAGACCGAUAUUAGCUGAUGCAUUUACUCCGUAAGUUGAGGACUAUCAUAAAACAUCUGCAUUUGUAACUCUCUAUGGACAUGCUACAUUUCUCCA